GACAUAGAGGCAUGAUAACAGGAGACCUAACUUCAAUGUUGUAUAUUAUAUCUAGGACAUAAUAUAUUACGAUAGUUUCAGAUUAUAUAAGAAACCUAUUGAUUGUUCUCGGUGAUAGCGGGAUUUAUAAGUGUAUAGUCAUUACAAGUGACAAUUUCAACUUCGCCGUACGUUUUUAAACUUUCCAAAUGUUUAAUGAACUCGUAAAGAAUUUAUAAUUCCUUACCGCUUGACCUAUUUAUUGUCAGUUCCGGAUUGAACAUAUAAAUAACGUAAAGAAACAGACUGAGUAUCGCAACCUAAAUAUUUUAUCCUAAGAAAAAAUUCUUAUCGGCCAGUUUAUACAAACUUUAGGACUCGCCAUGACAGUUGACGAUCCACUUAAUUUGGUUUUAGCUUUAGCCGCUGCAAGCACAAUUAAAUAUAUUGGUGCAUCUUUGUGGAGGUUAAAGAAACUCGCCAAAUAUGAGUUUGUAGGGAACAUUACUGCAUUGGAUUUAUAUCCUGCUAAAUCAUGUGGAGCAAUUUCUCUACAGUCAGCGAACUGUACCAGAGGUGGAUUGAAGCAUGACGGUGUUACUGACAGACACUGGAUGAUCGUCAGAGAUGACGGUGUAAAAGUCAACAUCCAACAAGAACCGAAAAUGGCACUUAUAACACCAAGCAUUCUUGGCAAUAAGCUUUGCUUUGAUGCGCCUGGAAUGCCAACUCUGGAGUUGGAGAAAAAUCCUAAAGAAGAUCCAUCCAUAUUCAUGGAUUGCAAACCUAGAUAUAAGGCAAUGACAGCAAUGUUUUGUGGAAAAGAAGCCUCGGAAUGGAUUAGUAAAUAUCUAAAUACAAAAGGAUUACACAUCGUGGUAUCCACGGAAAGUAUGGCAAAGCGAGAUGUUAGUGAACUAGCUCCAAGACCAUGGUUAAAUGUACCAGAAACAACCGAUAAAGUGACUUUUUCUGAAGUUUCCAUGUGUAAUAUAGCAUCCGAAAACUCACUGAAAGAUCUGAACAGCCGAUUAGCAAACCCAGUUAGCAUGGGAAACUUUCGACCAAAUAUCAUAAUAAAUGGAUCUCUUGCGUAUGACGAGGACAAUUGGCUGGAGAUGAGAAUUGGUGAAAGUGUAUACAUGCGAAUACUAGAACCAAACCCAAGGUGUUUACUGAUAACUGUCGCCCCGAACGGGAAGAGAGACCCUAACAUCGAGCCAUUGAAAACACUCAGAAAAUUUAGAAAAACAAAACCUUACGGCGAUUCUCCAUUAUUUGGUAUUAACACAGCAAUAGAUAAAGAAGGUAUAAUCAAGAUUGGAGACCCAGUUUAUGUUUUGAGGAAACCAGGCGCAUAGAAUCAUGAUAUGUACAAACAUAUUAACAAUGGAGAAACAUACUUUUCAGACAGUAUUCCCGACAUAUAAUCAAAUGUAUUUUUUUGAGAUAUGCAGACUUAUAGAUUAAAAGUCUACAUUCAAUCAACUUGUAGUGUCAAUUUCAUCUUUUUGCGACAUAACAUGUUAAUGUUGAUUAAAAUUUUUGAAUGUAGUUACAGUAAAUCAAGUCAUGUUAUUUAAACAAAUCCCAUAAAGUAUGGAUCACGGAUUGUGAAAAAUGUAAGAUUUUUUAAAACGAUUAUGUGACAAGGAAACAUUAAUUUUGUGUGAAUAUGAAAAACACUUUAAAUUGACUGUAGAAUCUUAAAAUGUAAUAUUAGAAAAUAGUUUUUAUAAUGUAAUUUCAGAGAGUAGAAAAUUCAAAUAAAAAUUGAG